AUGGUGAUAUAUCGCUCUAGCCGUGUCACAUUUGGUCUUAUUUGCUCACCAUUUCUCCUCGCCGGCACAAUAAAGCACCAUUUGGAGAAUUACGCUACGAACAAAAACGUUGCCCGUGAAAUUGAACGCAACACGUAUGUGGAUAAUGUGGUCCUGACAUCACCAUCAACAACAGACGCCGUAAACCUUUACAGAGAGUCCAAAAGAAUCUUUGAGGAUAUGAACAUGAAUCUCAGAGAAUUUCUUUCGAAUGAUGACGACGUAAAACAACACAUCGCUGCAAAAGAUCUCAUACACAAGUCGCGCGUGGCAACUGAACAACCAUAUGGUCUCAGCAACAAUCCCAACCAGAAGACACUCAGUAUACCUUAG